AUGCUUCCAAAUUGGUUGCUGGUCUUCAUGCUGAUACUUUUUUACAAAUAUCCCGAAAACAAAUACAAUGAGAAGUUCUCUGAAGAAAACACGUCACUGGAAGAAAAUUCCCUCAACCGGCGUGAGUACCAAGCGGGAUUUCGAUCGAGUAGAAGCUGGGUCAACCACAUCUUCACACUCCGCCAGAAGUUGGAGGAACGCCACAUGUACAGACGAAUCGCAAGUCCGGCAUUCCUUUACUUUAAGGGUGUGUUGGAUUUUGUCGAUCGGUCAGUACUGUAA